AUGCCAGAUACUCCAGAAUGGAUAGCUUCACACAAGCAAUGGGAUGAAAAGACCGCCGAGAAUCUCACCACACUUCUCGAAAAUGAUACCAAAGUAAAAUUGGCUGGGAUAGAUGUCGAUGGUAUAUUGCGUGGGAAGCUUGUCUCCAAGAAGAAGUUUCUAGGUAUCGCCAAAGAAGGGUUUGGAUUCUGUUCGGUCAUCUUCGGAUGGGAUAUGCAUGAUCAGACAUAUUUUAAGGAAUUGAAAAUCAGUAAUGCGGAGAAUGGCUAUCAUGAUAUUAUUGCGAUUCCGGAUUUGAGUAGUUUCAGAAGGAUACCUUGGGAAGAUAAUGUGCCAUUCUUUUUAAUCAGCUUUUAUGAUCCGGACUCCGGAAAGCCGGUUUCUGCAUGCCCGAGGGGAUUGUUGAAGACUGCAGUGGAAAAGUUACAAGCCAAUGGUUUGGGUGCAAUGGCUGGAGCUGAAUACGAGUUCUUCCAAUUCAAAGCGCCGGCGAGCAAUCCUCAUGCACCAAUUUCCGAAAGAAACACUUCUUCAACAGCAACCUUCCUAAGAGAAAACCCCGUCGAUUCAUUACCUUCGUUGACCGAAGGAAUGUUUGGAUACAGUUUAACGAGACCAGUUCACAACCAAGAUUAUUAUUAUGGGAUAUAUGAUGCAUGCGAACAAUUCAAUUGUGGAAUAGAAGGAUGGCAUACAGAGAGUGGACCUGGUGUUUUUGAGGCAGCUUUGGCAUUUGGGGAGAUUCAACAAAUGGCGGACAAAGCAAGCUUGUUCAAAUAUGUGGUCAAAUCAGUAGCAACAAAAUACGGCAUCACCCCAUGCUUUAUGGCUAAGCCACGUCAAGGGCUUCCCGGAAACAGUGGGCACAUGCAUGUUUCGAUCGUCGACAAGGAUGGCAAGAAUCUCUUCUUCCGAGAAACUAAAGAUACGGAAGCAAAAUGGAAGGAUAUUGAGAAUCUUUCGGAUAUGGGGCGUCAUUUCCUCGCUGGAGUAUUGGAAGGCCUUCCAUAUGUCAUGCCACUUCUCGCACCAACAGUCAACUCGUACAAACGUCUAGUCGAAAAUUUCUGGGCUCCAGUAACAGUAUCUUGGGGGCUUGAACAUCGUGCAGCGUCUGUCCGUCUGAUCGCACCUCCAACUUCCAAACCCGGUGCCACACGUUUUGAAAUCAGAGUACCAGGUGCAGAUACAAAUCCAUUCUACGUACUAGCAGCUAUCCUAUCAUUAGGGUGGAGAGGAGUAGAAAAGAAAUUAGAAAUUCAACAACCACCGUUAGGAAAAGGUCAAGAUGUAGGAGGAAAAGCAGAUCCAGGGGUUAGAUUAGCGAAGAAUUUGAAAGAAGCCACGGAGAAGUUCAUGGAGAAGGAUAGUAUAGCGAGAGAAGUGUUCGGAGAUGAAUUCGUAGAUCAUUAUGGUGGUACCAGGGAACAUGAAAUUAGACUGUGGGAUGAGGCAGUAACGGAUUGGGAGGUUAGAAGAUAUAUCGAGAGUGUCUAA